AUGAAUUUUCCUUCGUUCAUUUCUACACUGCGUGUUUCCAAUUCCGCACAGGUCGUAAGCAAGGCAUUCGGCAGUGUUCAAUCUCUAUUUGAAAAUCGUCCUUCCGUGGAGUGCCUCUCCGUGGACCUCGCUGCUCGUUUACUGACCGCAUUGUACACAUACCGCCCAGGUGAUCCGGCCAUAUUUGAAGUUUCCACCGCGGCCACUGAUGCAAAGACAGGAUUCACCGGUGUGGAAGUGCUUGUCUCAUGGAUUCGUGCUGUUCGUGCAGGCUGCUCUUAUUUAUGUGAUUUGACCAGUCGGGUAUUCGAUGAUACGUCCGAUGCAGUGAAUCGAAUUGGAGUUCAGCGCCUAGCUUUGGAACACUUGGAUCGCUUAAUAAAGGGACUUUUAGAUCUACUGAUGACAACACCUCUACCGAAACUGCGGAAAACUGUUUCGGACAUUUUGGAUAGCAUAUUUAUCCAUGAAUUCGUAAGUAUUCCUUUGGUAUUUAAGAAGUUGUGUGAUCGUCUGUCCGGUAUCAUAUCAGUUUCUGCUAGCAUCCUUUGUAAUAUUUCGGUUGAUCCCAGUUGUCCAGUGUAG